CACUCGACGUAUUUAUUUAUUCUUUCUUAAUUCGUUUAUUUACGAUUGAGCGACUUAACCAUAACUUAUAUGUUAACCCGUUUCUUGUUGUGAAACCCAACAACGCCCUGGGUAUUCCCAAAUGAGCUAUUAUUAUUUGGUUGAUUCUGAUUAACCGUCGGCUCUUGCGAAUGUGCGCUCCGACGUCAAACUGCGACCGUCGAAGAAUUCCGAACACUCAGUCCGAAAAUGAUUUUCACGAAAUAUGUUACUACUCUGCCCUUCCUUCUCUUUAUCUUCGCGAUUUCCAUACACGCGACAGCAAUUUACUUCGAAGAAGAUAUAAUCGAUUGUUGCGAUGGGGAGACAUGCAUGGGGAUAGGAUUUUGUCCGAGUGCCAUCGAAAUCGUCAAUAAUAGGGAGAAGCCAAAACCGUGCGGUUUCAUCGGAAAAGUACCCUUCGUCUGUUGCCCAGACAAAGUUGCAAAUAAUCCUAUCUACGUGGUCGCUAAUGCAGCAUUACAAAAUAGAAUAAAUUCAUCUGCAACAUCAACAACAUCAACAAUUACUACUACUACUACUACAAGUAGACCAAUAGAUGUAACAUCGACUUUGAGCAAUGAUCCGAUAGUUGUAGAAACAACAUUUGAAAAUACUGAAACGACACCAAUUCUGAAUCUACCACCAUCAACGACCAUUAAAAGUACUGAAUAUGUUGUGGGAUCCAAAAUUAAGCAACAAUGCGAGAAGACGUAUGACAAAUACCCCGUUGAUGAAUAUGGAAGCGUUUUAUUUACCGGAUGGAAAGACAAGCCUACUUUGAUCGAAAAUUCUCCGCAUGCGGCGGCUUUGGGUAAUCAAAAAGGCGAUAACAUCGAAUGGCUGUGCGCCGGAAGUUUGAUCAGCGAGAAAUUCGUAUUGACCGCAGCGCAUUGCAUUGAAAACAAUACAAUCAAUUACGUUCGUGUGGGCGAUUCUAACUUGACCAGUAACACAGAUAAACUCGAUCCUCAAAACUUUACGGUUAUCAACGCUAUUAUGCAUCCAAACUACACGAAACCACUUAGAUAUCACGAUAUAGGCGUAUUGGAGCUGGACAGACCCAUCGUCGUUAACAAAUUCGCAAAACCGGCUUGCCUUCAUUUUUAUGAAGGACUUUUAGAGACCAACUAUAGAUUGGUUGGAUUCAACGACAAUAGUGCGAAUAAUUAUCUUUAUACCAUAAUAGUUGGCAAAGCAAACAAGAGAGUUUGCAAUUACCAUUUCAAUUUACCAAUGUAUAAAGAAUCUUUACCGGACGGACAAGAUUACGAAACGCAGAUUUGCGCUGGCGGUUUUUUCCAAGGCGCUCCUUGCCAGCGCGAUACCGGUGGACCCUUGCAGGUUCACAAUUGGAAUUACACGGAAGGAAGCUUACUGAUUGGAGUCACAUCUAUCGAGAAGCUCUGUAAUGGCAAAAACGCUCCUGGACUUUACACGCGAAUUUCCUAUUACAUCCCGUGGAUCGAGUCCGUCAUGUGGCCAGAUCUCUAAACGCUUCUCUUCGCUUGAUAAAGUUGAUUUUUUUUUAUUAAAUUCAAUGUCUUUACGUUUUUGCUUAUAUUCCGAAAAGUAUGCACGAUAAACUCAUUUUUUAAUAACCAAAUUAAAGCUCAAUAUUCACUCUUUAAAAUGUCUAAGCGUGAAUAAUUGUGUAAUAGUUUUUUAGACGUAAUACACUGUGAUACUCAGUGGCAGAUUAAGUACUUGAGAGGCCCUAUGCGCAAUUUAAUUGUGAGGCCCUUCUCUAAAUAUUUGCAACUCAAAUAUUAUUUAGUUAAAAAAUGUAUCAGCAGACAUCCCAAGAAAAGAAAUGUGAGAGCGGAGGGAUUAGAUCUCUUUGAUUUGGGAGACCUCAGGUGCGCGCCUACUGCUCCUAUGCACUAAUCCGUUACUUGUGAUACUUAAAGAAAUAUUUUUAUAAGCUUCGAUAAAGCAAUGUCUUUACAUUUUUGCUAAUAUCGCGAAAAGAAAGCGCGUACAGUUAAUUUCUGAGCUACCAAAUUAAAACUAAAUAUUACCUCUUUAAAAUGUGUGUACUGGUUGAAGCGAUUGUCAUUUAGACGAAAUUCAUUGUCAAACCUUAUAUCUCGAAAAGUAUGCAUGACAAAUUCAUUGUUGAGCAACUUAAUUAAAGCUAAAUAUUUAUCAUAUAUCUUUAAUCAGAACUCGCACAUAUUGUUUAUUAAUUAAUUUAAAAUUCCAU